GAAGAAGAAGUAGACGCAGAAAAAGAAGUAGAAGAAUAUCUGGUACUCCAAACUUCAGAAAUGGAUGUUCGAUUUCGACGACCCCAAACAAGUCCGGAUAGAGCCAAAGUGUGCGUGCAGGAACUGCAGCCAAGAAUAGCUGUCAACAAACCCACCAUCAGAAAGGUUCAAAUUGUUUACUACCUCUCAAGAAAUGGUCAUCUUGAGCAUCCUCACUACAUGGAGAUCACCCAUUUGCCCAACCAACCUCUUCGUUUGCGAGAUGUAAUUGAUAGGCUCACUGCUCUCAGAGGAAAAGGCAUGCCCUCACUAUACUCCUGGUCUUGCAAAAGGAGCUACAAGAAUGGUUAUGUGUGGAAUGAUUUAGCAGAAAACGACAUGAUCUACCCAGCAGAAGGAGCUGAAUAUGUACUCAAAGGCUCUGAGCUAGUUGAAGGCUGCUCUGAGAGAUUGAAUCAGAUUCAAAUAAGUAGCCCCAGACAAAUUCAACAAGACUCAAAUUUCGGGUCCAAGAGGAGGUCACCACCACUAGCUCCGACCACUUCAAACAGUAACACCAAGUUCCAUGAUGGUCGUUAUGAUGAACAAGAAGAAGAAGAAGUUGACUAUGAAGACGAGAAAACAAGUACAAGCUCCACAACAACAAACUCUCGCUGCUCCAGAGGAGUCUCCACAGAUGAACUCGAAGAACACCACCACCACCAACAACCACCGCAAACCGACAAGCCUACACCCGAGUCAUCUCCUCUCCCAAAUGCACCAGCUUCAGUGUUGAACCAAGCCAACCACAGCAACAAUGCGUCCAUGAGGUUCGAGGACGGCGACCCAAUUGGUACGAAGCAGAGCUACUCUGUUUCGAAAACAGGGCAGGGUAAGAACUCUGUUCUGCUCCAGCUCAUUGCUUGCGGCAGCUCUGCGGUGGCCAAGGCCAAAAGUGCACCGUGUGUGAGUCAAGGGAUAGUGAAGAGGGAGAGGAGUAGUCAGAGUUUUCGUAAAGAGGUGGUGUACAGGAGUGCGGUGAAGGUUGCCAUAGAGGACGAGGAUAUGAUUAAUUACAUGUCUGAGAAUCCAAGGUUUGGGAAUUUACAGGCAGAGGAGAAGGAGUACUUCAGUGGGAGCAUUGUGGAGUCUAUGCAGGAAGAUCAAAGAGUACAGGCAGCUGAGCCUGUGCUUAAAAGAUCCAAUUCCUAUAAUGAAGAAAGGAGCAAAAAAGCUGGGCUAGGAGAAGAAACAGUUGAGGAGGAAGAGAAGACAGAGAAAAAAGUGGCGAGGGGUAAUUGCAUUCCUCGCAAUUUCUGUUCUAGUGGUGCAUCAUCAAAGCCAACCAGGAAGUGAAAUGAUUGCCAUAGUUAUGUGGGUUUAAUUUUACCAGUGCAGUUUGUUGAAGUCUGUAAUUACUAGUAUCACUCAUUAGGGGGAAAGCUGAGGAACUUUGGUUGCUGUGGAAUUAAAGAGGACGAAUUUGGUAGGGAAAGGUUGAAUCUUUGAUGGCAAUGGGUAUGUUCAUGGAUUUGUUGCAGCAAUCAUAAUAUUGACCUCACUCUUUUUUUUUUGGGCAAGAAUAUUG